AUGGAGUUAGUUACAGUAGAUAAAACGGCCGAGAUCGUUAACGAGUACCGCAAGUACAAUGCGUCGUCGGCGCGUGAUGACGUUGAGUCAGGACGGGACUCUUCAUCUGGUGACGAAUCAAAUAGCGACGGCGAUGUUGGGCCAUACGCUAACAAGGGCGUGUCCUCCCCUCCAAAACCAAGGGAGAGGCGCGUGAGGCGCUUAGAUGACAUCGGUCCCAAAGCCGGCCAGAAAGGGCUAGCAGAGCAGCGAGGUGGUGGCGGUAUCGAUCAGGAUGAGGACAAGCCGGCAGCAGUGACUGCUGGGAAAGAACAUGGACGUGAAGCUGUGAUUCCGUACAAACGACGCAAUGCUGUGGACUCGGCCGGUCGCGACCGAAAUGCAAGACAAGCUCGACAAGGGACGAAACAGUAUGUUUCGAGCUCGUCGGGUUCGGAGGAGGGAUCCAACGACAGUGAGUCAGGCAGCUCAUCCGGGAGUGAGGAACUAUACGAGGACGAGGAGGAGGAGGAAGAGGAAGAGGAGGAUGAGGAGUUGGAGCCGGAGAGCGAGGAUGAGGAGGAGGCUCGGCCUUUGAAGAGGAGGGGUGUGCGGAAGACCAAGAAGGGCAAUGGAAAGCGAAAAUCGGAGACAGGACGGGUGAAGAGCUAUAAGCAGAGUGUGCGUCGUGCCAAACCACAUGGCAAGCGCCAGAGACCUCGAUUCGAAGCUAAAAUUGUGGGUGUGCGUAGCAAGGAGAAGCAGGAGUUGGAUUUUUACGAGUUCAUGGGGCAACGAUGUCCAUCAAGCCCUCAUGAUCGGAAAGCCACCGACACGUAUGCUGCGUUACGUGAGCAGAUGGAUUCGUCUGGGAAGGGAGAUCCGAUCGCUUGGGGGUCAGCGCGGUUUGGCAGGGAAGCGACGGACCCGCAUGCAAAGCUUUCGGGGGGUCACGCGGUUCAGGUAAAAAUCGAGGGAGCAACGAAGCGGCACGAACCCUCGGCCGCCGCAGCAGCCAAUGAUGGUGUGGGAGGAGGUGUGUGGGCGAAUUCCUUGGGUGAAUGUGGCGGCGGUGUGGAAGGCUCCAUGUGGGAUGUACGGGAUAGCAGGGGAGAAGGAGGAGACUUGAAAAUGGAUCCGGCGACUAAGGAGGGGAGGGGCGAGAGCAUGGGCACACCUGGCGCAUCCAGUCGGCCCAAUGUGGCUGGCGGCAACACGGUGGAGCAGCUCAUGCGGGAGCUUGCCCAGCGGGAUCGUAAAAUUGCGGCACUCAAGGCAAGGCCAGGAGCCAAAGGACCUGUCAAACCCUGCACCCCUCCAGCCCCUCUAAACAGUGCUGCUGGUCUGGUGUGGGUGGCAUGCGGCACAGAGAUAGCAGCAGCACUCUCUGUCAUCCCCACAGCCCCUCUAAACAGUGCUGCUGGUCUGGUGUGGGUGGCAUGCGGCACAGAGAUAGCAGCAGCACUCUCUGUCAUCCCCACAGCCCCUCUAAACGGUGCUGCUGGUCUGGUGUGGGUGGCAUGCGGCACAGAGAUAGCAGCAGCACUCUCUGUCAUCCCCACAGCCCCUCUAAACGGUGCUGCUGGUCUGGUGUGGGUGGCAUGCGGCGCAGAGAUAGCAGCAGCACUCUCUGUCAUCCUAACAGCCCCUCUAAACGGUGCUGCUGGUCUGGUGUGGGUGGCAUGCGGCGCAGAGAUAGCAGCAGCACUCUCUGUCAUCCCCAUAGCCCCUCUAAACGGUGCUGCUGGUCUGGUGUGGGUGGCAUGCGGCGCAGAGAUAGCAGCAGCACUCUCUGACAUCCCCACAGCCCCUCUAAACGGUGCUGCUGGUCUGGUAGCCCCUCUAAACGGUGCUGCUGGUCUGGUGUGGGUGGCAUGCGGCGCAGAGAUUGCAGCAGCACUCUCUGUCAUCCCCACAGCCCCUCUAAACGGUGCUGCUGGUCUGGUGUGGGUGGCAUGCGGCGCAGAGAUUGCAGCAGCACUCUCUGUCAUCCCCACGUGCCCAAUCCCUUCUUUCCGCUUGCUCCUCCCCCCCCUCUCUAUCCCACCCCUCUCCCUCCUCUUCCAGAGCCCCUCUAAACGAGCCCCUCUAAACGGUGCUUCUGGUCGCGUGUGUGGCAUGCGGCGCCAGCGUGUAGCGGGCCGGGCUGCAGCGGGGCCAUCCGUUGGUUCUUCUCCCACACUCCCCUUCUCCCGCCCCCCGUUUAACUCCCGCCCUCCUCUUCUCUCCCGCCACCCCCUUCUCUCCCGCCCUCCCUUCCUCUACCGCCCUCCCCUUCUCUCCCGCCCUCCCCUUCUCUCCCGCCCUCCCCCUAUCUCCCGCCCACCCCUACUCUCCCGCCCUCUCGCCAUUCAUUCCCCCCCGCCCUCGAUGUUCAUCCAUACCCUUUGGACAACCCUAAACCAUGAGUCAUGCAUGAUCACGGAUGUCUCAUGCUUCCCCGCAUUCUCAUACAUGCGCGCAGGAGGGAAACAGCGGGGCCUAUCAAAGGUUAAGAGGACUGACUGGAACGUCUCCAACUCCCACCGGAAGAACAGUGAAUGGAUGGGGGGUUUGCACCGUAAUGUGCGGUGGAUUAUCAAGGACCACUUCACACGCCACACCCCCAUGUACAACACAGACGUGAAGGGCUUCAAGUGGGGCGACCGUGGGCUGUAUGUUCACGAGUCAGGAUUUGAGGCCUUCCGGGGGAAGGCUGAGCUUGAUGCCGAAACGAAGGACCUGAAGGAGGAAGAAAAGGAGGUGUACGACUCGCAGGACAUGGAGGAGGAUAAGGAGGAGGAGGAUGAGGAGGAGGAGGAGGAGGAUGACGAGGAAGAGGACGAGGAGGAGGAGGAGGAGGAGGAGGACGAGGAACAGUGGGGGCAGGAGCGGAGGAAGAGGAAAAGCAGGAGAGGCAUCACAUACGUGCGAGGAGAGGCAUUGGUGGAGACAGCAAGGGGGGCAUCAGGGAAGGCACGUGUGGAUAGAGAAAGGGGGACAGCAUUACGGAGGGGAGUGGUGCAAGGGCCGCAGCAGUAUAGGCAUGACCGGAUAGGACAAAGCAAGCAGCAGUAA